AAAAAAAUGCACGCAGCUGGCUGGCCUUGAUCACCAAUGAAUCAGCAGUACAGUAAUUCUCACUUGUAUAAAUACAAGGAGCCCGCGGGAUCGAAGCUUAACCCUCGACCACAAUAACCAACGAAUUCUCAGAGGGAAACAACCUCUGAUUUAGACCUUUUAAGGUUAAUAUCUGUGACGACAUAAAGAAUGUGGAAGUUAAAGAUAUCUGAAGGAGGGCCCAAUUUGGUGAGUGUAAACAAUUUCAUCGGGCGAGAACAUUGGGAAUUCGACCCUGAUGCAGGUACUCCCGAAGAACAUGCUGAAGUUGAAAGGGCUCGCGAGGAGUAUAAGAAAAAUCGAUAUAAGAAGAAACAAAGUUCUGAUCUUUUGAUGAGGAUGCAGCUUAGAAAGGAGAAUCCGCGUGGGCCAAUGCCACCACCAGUAACAGUGAAAGAAACAGAGGAAAUAACAGAGGAAGCAGUGACAAUUACAGUGAGAAGAGCACUAAACAACCUUUCAACCCUUCAGUCUCAUGAUGGCCACUGGCCUGCUGAAUUUGGUGGACCCUUGUUUUUCCUUCCACCCUUGGUAAUGGCAUUGUACAUUACUGGGGAUCUCAGUACCGUUCUUUCAUCACAUCACCGGAAGGAAAUUACUCGAUACUUGUAUAAUACUCAGAAUGAAGAUGGAGGAUGGAGUUUCCAUAUAGUGGGACACAGCACAAUGUUUGGCUCAGCUUUGAGCUAUAUUGCCUUAAGGUUACUUGGAGAGGGACCUGAAGAUGGUGAAGAUGGGGCCAUGGCUAGAGGCCGGAAAUGGAUGCUCGACCAUGGCGGCAUUGUGGCGAUGCCAUCAUGGGAGUUUUGGGUCUCGGUACUAGGAGCGUAUGAAUGGUCUGGAUGUAAUCCAUUACCCCCAGAGUUCUGGCUUCUUCCUAAUUCCAUCCCCCUUAGUCCAGGCAAAAUGUUAUGCUAUUGUCGCUUAGUUUACAUGCCAAUGUCUUAUCUAUAUGGGAAGAAGUAUGUCGGUCCGAUCACUGAGUUGGUUAAAUCAAUACGGCGAGAGCUAUACAAUGAGCCUUAUGAACUAAUUAACUGGAACAAAGCCAGGAAUACAGUUGCAAAGGAGGAUCUCUACUAUCCACAUCCUCUGUUACAAGAUUUGGCAUGGGAAUUUCUUCAACAUGUAGCCGAACCUCUUCUCAAGCGUUGGCCCUUUUCAUGGUUUAGACAGAGGGCAAUAAAAGCAGCCAUUGGUCAUGUUCGUUAUGAGGACGAGAUCAGUAGAUAUCUAUGCAUUGGAUGCGUUGAAAAGGUUUUAUGUUUGAUGGCCCGUUGGGUUGAUGAUCCAAAUUCAGAGGCAUACAAGCUUCACUUAGCCAGACUUCCAGACUACUAUUGGAUUGCAGAAGAUGGAUUAAAAGUUCAGAGUUUGGGCUGCCAGACAUGGCUUGCAGUUUUUGCUAUUCAAGCUAUUUUGUCUUGUAAUCUAAGUGAAGAGUAUGGGCCAACACUACGUAAAGCUCACGAAUUUAUAAAGGCUUCACAGGUCCAAGAUGACCCUCCCGGGGACUUCAAAGCUAUGCACAGACACAUGACUAAAGGAAGUUGGACACUCUCAAUGCAGGACUAUGGCUGGCAAGUCUCUGAUGUCACAGGAGAAGGGUUGAAGGUUACACUCAUGUUCUCCCAAAUGUCCACUGACUUAGUUGGGGAAAAAAUGGAGACUCAGCGGUAUUAUGAUGCUGUGAAUGUCAUUCUUUCCCUACAAAGUGAAAAUGGUGGUUACCCAGCAUGGGAGCCUCGUAGAGCAUCCCCAUGGAUGCAGAAGUUCAACCCCACCGAAGUCUUUGAGGAUCCUCUCUUUGAGCGAGAGUAUGUAGAAUGCACUUCAUCAGCACUUCAAGGUCUUGCAAUCUUUAGGAAAUUCUAUCCCAAACACCGAAGGACGGAGAUAGACAGUAGCAUUUCCAGGGCCCUUCAAUACAUCCAAGACGUACAAGAACCUGAUGGAUCAUGGUUUGGAAAUUGGGCAAUUUGCUACACCUAUGGUACAUGGUUUGCUGUAUCAGGAUUGGCAUCUUGUGGAAGAAAUUACCAAAAUUGUCCAGCAAUACGCAAAGCUUGUGAGUUUUUGAUAUCAAAGCAGCUACCAAAUGGUGGAUGGGGAGAGAGUUACCUAUCAAGCCACAACAAGGUGUGGACAAAUGUAGAAGGUGACCGAGAAAAUGUUGUCCAAACUGCAUGGGCUUUGUUAGCACUCAUUGAAGGAGGACAGGCUGAGAUAGAUCCAACACCAAUUCAUCGUGGAAUAAGGGUAUUGAUCAACUCACAAAUGGAAGAUGGUGACUUCCCUCAACAGGAAAUCACAGGGGUGUAUUUUAGGUAUUGUGGAUUAAACUAUGCAGCAUAUAGAGACAUAUUCCCCUUAUGGGCUCUUGGGGAAUACCGCAGACGAGUUCUGCUUGCAUAAUAAAUAAAUUGCAUCAAUGCGGAUGCAUGCAAGAAGAUCAUCGAUCAGUUUUGAACAGAUAAAUGCCCUGAUCUCAUGGCUCUAGCGUCUCCAAUAUUAUUAUAAAUACACA